GAGUUUUGUUCUAGUUAACUUUUCAAAGGAAGCAACGUUUGCUACGAUGACCAGUAUAUUUGUACGUACAUUUCAAUAUUUGAUCGUCCCGUGUUUGUGCACGUGUCUCGUGAGGACGAUUGUGACUACUAUUAUCCACUGAGGACUAUUGGAUCAUAGGACAGUGCUGGGUGGCUGAAAAACAGAUUUUAAAGAUGUGUUGACGGAAACAGCGAUCCUCCAGUACUAAUUAGGAGAUAAACAUCAUCUGGUGUCAGAUUGGAGGUAGUUUAUCGUGUAUUUAACACCGCUAAAUGACAUUUCAAACCGAACGCUUGUUUCGUUGUGUUCCCCAUCGCUGGGUUCCAUGUCGUCAUCGAACCAUUCAGGAUGUAUUUCUCUUUCUGGAUCGAAAAUAUCCACCAGCGUUCCAAUGUCAAAUGUAUAGAUGUCAUCUUGAAUUCUUUGUUGAUAACCACCUAUUCAUAUUCCUACACGAGUAAAGCGGCCUAAUUAAAUCAGAGGUAUUCAUCGUAAAUUUAACACCUCUAAUUUAAGGUGUGUAGCCAAUCAGAAUCGAGUAUUUUCCAAAGUCAUGGUAGAAUUAACAUUUGUGGGUUGACGUUUUUCAACAUGUAAUUAUCUUUUAAAAAGUAAAACGCACACAAAAUGCAAAAACACAGAAUACAAUUAAAGCGUUGCAUUCGUCAAUGUUUACUUCUGAUAUUUAUUUGCACACUUCUAGGUCACAUAAUUGGCACCAUUACCCUCAUUACGCAUGCACCGGCUGUUGGGUAUGAGGAAAACGUUACGCGAUUCGUGAAACGUUUCAUAUUAAACGGGUCUAUAGUUUUACAAAGACAUGGGCAGCGGUGGAUCGCGAGUAAUGCUACUUGCGGCAUUAUUAACAGCAGCGUAGCUAUAUUACAGUCACCUGCAGGCGACACUCCCAUCUACGUCUAUCCAGUGAAAGAUGACGUCUACGUGUCAAGAAGUAUCAUAAAACAUGGUAUGUGGGAGGGACAGAAUGUGCACGCACUCUACAGUUUAAUGAAGAGAGACAGAAAUGCGGAUUUUGUUGACAUCGGGGCUAACCUUGGCACAUAUAGUCUGACAUUUGCCAAAAUGGGCAGACGGGUUUUGGCCAUUGAACCACUGGAUGAAAAUGUUCGAAGACUUUGCAAUUCCAUCCGUCUGGGGCGCUUUUAUCGUGAGGUUUACGUCAUCCAUAACGCUCUAUCAGACAGGAGAUACAAAGUGGCCUUCCGAAGAUUCAAAGAUAACGUUGGAGCGACUCAGAUUAAGGAGGCAGAUCCUUCAGACUCGAACACAGUAGAGGCGGUUCUUCUGGACGAUCUGCUGGAGGUGUUUUCCUUUGACAAGGUCAUCGUGAAGCUGGAUGUUGAGACUCACGAAGCGAGAGUUUUAGCAGGGGCAGAUAACUUCUUUUCGACUGUGGACGUGAGGGCCAUGCUGAUGGAAUGGCAGUAUCACAGAGGAAGAGAAGACGCGACUGACAUCAUUCGCUUUCUAACUAAGCACAGGAUGAUGCCGUUUGAUCCUCUCAACCACCAGUCACCACUGCCCAUCGGCGAUAACGUAUCGUGGCCUAAAGAUGUCCUUUGGAUCAAAUACUGAACUAUCAGUCAAAAUUUAAUGUGCGCGCGAAUGUGUUUCUUUCAUUCAUUCAACUUAUUUUUGUGCUUAUAUCCAACUGAAGUUCAAGCACGCUGUCCUUGGCACACACCUCUAUAUGGGCUGUCUGUCCAAGACAGUGGGUUAGU